GUUCUUGUGUUUCUCUGCGAAGGAUUCGAGGAGAUCGAGACCGUCUCCCCCAUCGACAUCCUGCGCAGGGCAGGAGCUCAGGUGACUGUGGCGUCGUUGACGAAGGAUCUGCAUGUGAAGGGAAGAAGCAACAUCAUCAUGUCCGCUGACGUGGACCUGGAUGCCGUCAAGGAUCAAGACUUCGACUGCGUCCUCUGCCCCGGAGGCCCGGGGACGAAGCAUCUCCGAGAGGACGCCCGUGUGAUCAGCAUUGUGCAGAGGCACCAUCAGAAGUCUGUGAAGCUUGCGGCGAUCUGUGCUGCUCCUACGGUGUUGCAUCAGGCCGGGGUGCUGGGAUCCAAGUACACAGCCCACUUCUCGGUGAAGGAGACCAUCCCCGACAUCAUGGAGCAGGCGGUCGUUGUGGACGGCAACAUAAUCACGUCACGUGGGGCAGGGACGGCGACGGAGUUCGGACUAGCGGUGGUCAGGGAGCUCAUCUCCAAAGAGAAGUCAGACGAGGUUGCCAAG